CUUGCUGAGCGGCGGGGACACGAGAUAGCAAUCUCCGCAUGGCCCGUUACGCGCAGCUCAUAAACGUCGGAGGGUAUCCUUUUCUCCUGGGCCUCUGUCCAUUGAUAUUCUUGGGUUAUGCGUCUCCGGAGUAACUAAUGACAUCCUCAAUGUCCGGAGUGUGCCUGCCGAGACAGAUCCGCAGGAUCAUCCCCGGAUGCCUCGCGGCCAUCUUGUUUGUGUCUUAUCUUUCCAUCACGGACACGUUUAGCGAGCUAAGUGAUGGUCUCUCCUACCGAUCCUGUGAAACCCACCGAUUUUUCCCCAAGAAGAUCUGGCAAUCGUGGAAGGUUGCGCCUUUCGAGUUCGAGGAGCGUGAUCUUACCGUGGCUCGCAGCUGGACGUCCAAGAACCCCGGCUAUCGCUACGAAGUACUGACCGAUCAAAAUGAUCUUUACUACGUGGAAACCCACUUUGGCCCGGACGGGUUCAACCGCCCGGACAUCGUGGACACCUAUCGCUCCCUCCAGGCCCAAAUUAUCAAAGCCGACCUGCUGCGAUACCUGAUCAUGUACGUUGACGGCGGCGUGUGGGCUGACAUCGACGUGGAGGCUCUCCGGCCGAUUGACCGAUUCAUUCCCGAGCGCUACGAUGAGCACGACAUCGACAUGGUGAUUGGAGUCGAGAUUGAUGAACCCGACUUCAAUGAUCAUCCCAUCCUCGGCCAGAAGUCGCAGUCGUUUUGCCAGUGGACCUUCAUGGCCAAACCACGGCAGCCUGUGAUGAUGCGGUUGGUCAAUCACAUCCUGGAGUGGUUGAACGAGCUUUCUGUUAAACAAGGGAAGCCCAUCGCUGAAUUGGAGCUGGACUUCGACGAUAUCAUCAGUGGAACCGGACCUUCCGCGUUCACGUCAGCGGUGUUGGCCGAGAUGAGCAUCAACGCGGGGCACGAGGUCGCAUGGAAGACCUUCCAUAAUAUUCCCGAGUCCAAGCUGGUCGGAGGCUUUCUCGUCCUCACCGUAGAGGCAUUCGCAGCUGGGCAAGGCCACUCCGAUAGUGGGAACCACAACUCCCGCAGCGCCUUGAUCAAGCACCAUUACCACGCCUCGGGAUGGCCCUCUAAGCAUCCACGCUAUAACCACCCGGUGUACGGGGAGGUUGAGCAAUGCAAUUGGAACAAGGAUUGCGUAGCGCAAUGGGACUCCAAUACCGCCGCCUUUGCCGCGAUGUCACCAGAGGAGCAAGAACAUCAGAUCGCUCUGAAACGAGCCUUGGACGGCGAGGCAAACCCGGUUCAAGACCAGACAGCCUGGGUGAACCCUGAGCCUGAUCCAGAAUGGCAGCAACCAGAGUGGCAGCCAGAAUGGCAAUGACCCCCUCCAUGACGUUGACGCCAGGCUUCACGAGACUGAGGACGUGACUGACUCCCGUCAUGCAUUACGGUCAUUGUGUGAGCAACCGCGUCUUAGGGAACACAUGGUAUCACAUCAAUGAAUUGAGCCCAAGGCAGGCCAACAUUGAUGCGCUGCGGUUAUUCCUAUUCCGCCUCUCUUUCCCAUCCUCCAGGAAGAAGGGGGUGUUGCAGCAUGGAAAUGGUCUGGGGCUUUUCAUGGAACGGCGUUUAGGUAUGGUGGCAAGAACUAGCAUGUUGUAUUGGAGUUUUGAUUUAUUUCCUUCUCAAAUUCUUUCCUUUCCUAUUGCCCGGUCCCCUUGAUCUGUCUCUUCCUGCAAAGGAGGUUGAGUGAUUAGAGCGCGACCAAGG